AUCAACAACACCAAAACUCUCACCCUUCUCAAACAAAUGUCGACAACAACCAAAGCAUUAUCCCUUCUUGUUCUUCUGUUCUUUGUUGUGUCCAUCGUUCACGCAACUGACUCAUGUCUGAUCAACUCCAUCGCCGACACUGGAAACCUAAUCCGCAACGGCCCUAUCGGAGCUUCAUCUCCCACUCCUAAACCCUUACCUCAACGUAAACACCACGCAACCCUCUUCUUUAACAACGGUGUUAACUUCGCCGUCGCCGGAAGCACAGCCUUAAACAGCUCCUUCUUCGCCGCGAGAAGCCUCCACGUACCGGCGACAAACACUCCUCUCUCCACUCAGCUCUCUUGGUUCAAGUCUCAUCGCAGCCCAUCCGAUUGCUUGAAGCGGUCUCCUAUCAGAAACGACUACAACUACGGUUUCUUCCAAGGCAAGUCAACGGAAGAGAUCAGAAGCUUCAUACCUCGCGUAUUCGGAGCCAUCGCAGGCGCGGCUAGAGAAGUGAUACUAACCGGUGCGGUUAACGUGCUCGUACCGGGGAACUUCCCCGUUGGAUGUUUUCCAAUUUACUUGACGUCUUUCCCUCUUGUUAGGAUUCGGGACUACGGAUGCUUGGCUCAUCUCAACGAGUUCGCCGCCGUGGAUCACAACAACCAACUCCAACAAGCUAUAUCUUCAUUAAAAAAAAGGGAGUUUCCUGGUGUGGUUAUCGUCUAUGGAGAUUACUACAACGCGUUUCAGUAUGUUUUGGGAUUCGACAAGAGUGUGGCUUUGAAGUCGUGUUGUGGGAUCGGUGGAGCUUACAUCUACGAUGGGAAUAGACAGUGUGGAGCUGCGGGAGUGCCGGUUUGUCGGAAUCCAGACAAGUUUAUAAGUUGGGACGGUGUGCACUUGACUCAGAAGGCAUAUAGAUUCAUGUCUAAGUUCCUCAACAACAUAAUUCUUCCACAGAUUAAGUGUGUGGUGGAGCUUAAUCAAAGCAAGAGUGUCUCUUCUCUAGUGUCCUAGUUUGAUAAUUUUGUAUUUUCUUUCAGUUGAUAAGAUGAUAAUACCAUGUAAUAUUUCUUUUAAUGAAUAGAAAGUAUAAACUUCUUCUUUUGAAAAAGUAGUAUAACCUACUGCUUACUGCAAAUAUAAAGAGAGUUAACCUAACCGGGAUGUUUAAAAAAGAAAGCCAAGCCACCAAAAGCAACC